AUGUCCGACGUACCACCAACCGAGUCCAUUCCCAAACCAGAGGAACCUAAAGCUCCACCCCAGCAAUUCCAAUCUCAGUCCAAGAGAGACCAAAACUUCGAAGAAGGUCUGAACCGCUUACGCAAAGAGUAUGCUACAGCUCCAAUUGAGAGAAAGUUGUUCCCGGACCAAAAAAUAUAA